GUCACAUAACAUAAUUUUCUUUACAUCUUCUGUGUCUUCACAAGGGCCUUCAGGAGGUUUAGAGCUUGAGGGUUGUGGAAGCAUCAUUAAGGACUCCAGUGACUGGACUAAACGUAAACCUGAAGUGAACAGUACAGGUGCAGAUGAGGCUCCAACUUACAGCCUACAGUCUGAAGCAGGACACUUUGAAUGCAGCCUCUCUGGCUUGCGCUGGAUCUGUAAGGGAAAGGUCAGCUUUAAGUACCAGUUCAGCUCUGUGGAGGAACACAUGGAGAGGAUCAAAAGCAUGCAAUACAUGCCUGCAGGUCCCCUAAUGAACAUCACAGUCCUUGCUGGGAAGUUAGAUGAAGUGCACCUGCCACACUGGAUCUGCAUAGAUGACAACCCUACGAUAUUAGACAAGUUUGCAGUCCUGCACAUAGAUGACUGUGGAGAUAAUGUGGAAAAAGUGUCUGAGGUCACAUCGUCCCAUGUCAAGCUGUGUGAACCCGUUUUCUCUCUAAAAAUGGCCAUAUUGAGAUUUUUGGGCCUUUCAGUGGAAAUAUAUUGUAACGUGUUAAUAUACAAGACCGACACAGAUUUCCUCACACUCCAUGCUUAUCUGAUCCCACGAGAUCCUGGUCGACAACAGGAAUUGGACAAGAGAAAUGUAUCCUACGGAUACAGAGUAAUCAGAAAGUCACAUCCAGAGAAGUCCCUGAAAAUGAAUGAUAGUUUCAUCUUAACCACAGAUUUGAACAGUGCAGAAAUUUAUCCUGAGGAGUUAAUUCUCAGGUACGAAAACCCAAAUUACAUCGAAGUGUUCAUUGACAAUCCAGACAAAAAGUUCAAGCUCCAGCUCACAAAUGAAAAUGAGCAUCAACCAGUAUGGACGUGUACAAUUCGACCAAAUGACUACCCAAGCACUGUUCAUUCACAAGGGGAGCACUUUGUGGAUAAACAUAGAGCCGUGCUGAUCGCUCGAGUGAGCAACAUUGAGUCCAUUUUGGAUGAGCUCCUCGACAAAAAAGUCAUCACAACACAGGAGGCUUAUGAUAAAAUCUUGGCUAUCCCUGACAUGAGGGAGAAGCUGAGGAAGCUCUACUCUGGUCCCCUGAAUGCUGCUGGAUAUGAAGGCAAAGAAGUCUUCUACAAAAUCCUUGAGGAAAAGGAGAAAUAUCUCAUUGCUGAGCUCAAGAACUCUACCUGAACAAAAAAAUAUUUAUUAUAUUAUAACAAUGGGAAAAUAUUUAUAUUGGUGCUAUGUCUCUGUGGGGGUUUUCUAAAAAAAUUUAAAAUGCUUUGAAGUUCAUAUUAAAACAGCUGUUUCCUUUCAUUUUCAUGUAAAUUAGUUUAAAUGUGUAUGAGGCGUGGUGCCUCUUCUGCCUGAUCAGUGAGGAUCAUGAUGAGAUGAGUUUUACUUCAAGUUGGAAACCAGAUUCAUCAAAUGUUUAUCAGACAAUCAUUUAAGAAAUGAAUGGAGGUUCUCACCAGACAUUUAAUGUUUUUAUCCAACAAACAACAAAUGGAAUGGAAGUGUUUUUAAUCCAAUUAUUUCAUGUAAAUAACUGAUUGGUGUGUUGAUGUAAUGAAGCUUAGAAAUGAGGGCUCAUUUUUCCCUCCAGGUUUUUUUUCAUUUUAAAUGUGCUCAUUGAUUAGACAUUUAUUUAUGCAUGUGUUCAGAGGGAUACUUUCUGAUAAUUUUCACAACAUUGUGCUUCUUUCUCAAAACCUAACGUGAUAUUUACAUAGUAGUACAGUAUAGGGAUCAGCUUCUCC